GUGCCGCGUGGCGGGCGCGGCGCUGCGGCGGGACAGCCUGCGCGGGUUUAGAGCCGAAACCAGCUGUGAGGGCUUCGGGCUUCCGGCCUCCAGGCGUCAUGAGCGUGGGCUUCAUCGGGGCUGGCCAGCUGGCCUUCGCUCUAGCCAAGGGCUUCACAUCAGCAGGUAUCCUGGCUGCCCACAAGAUAAUGGCCAGUUCCCCAGACAUGGACCUGGCCACAGUUUCUGCCCUCAGGAAGAUAGGGGUGAACCUGACACCCCACAACAAGGAGACUGUGCGGCACAGUGACGUGCUCUUCCUGGCCGUGAAGCCGCAUAUCAUCCCCUUCAUCCUGGAUGAGAUUGGCACUGACAUCGAGGACAGGCACAUCGUGGUGUCCUGUGCAGCUGGUGUCACCAUCAGCUCCGUUGAGAAGAAACUGACAGCAUUUCGACCAGCGCCCAAGGUUAUUCGGUGCAUGACCAACACCCCAGUUGUGGUGCGAGAGGGGGUUACCGUAUAUGCCACGGGCACCCAUGCCCAAGUGGAGGAUGGCAGGCUCCUGGAACAGCUCCUAGGCAGCGUGGGCUUCUGCACAGAGGUGGAGGAGGACCUGAUUGAUGCUGUCACAGGGCUCAGUGGCAGUGGCCCUGCCUAUGCAUUCACUGCCCUGGAUGCCCUGGCUGAUGGCGGUGUUAAAAUGGGACUUCCAAGGCGCCUGGCAGUCCGCCUUGGGGCCCAGGCCCUUCUGGGAGCCGCCAGGAUGCUACUGGACUCGGAAGAGCACCCAGGCCAGCUCAAAGACAACGUCUGCUCUCCCGGCGGGGCCACCAUCCACGCCCUGCACGUGUUGGAGAGUGGGGGCUUCCGCUCCCUGCUCAUCAAUGCUGUGGAGGCCUCCUGCAUCCGCACACGGGAACUGCAGACCAUGGCCGACCAGGAGAAGGUCUCACCUGCUGCCAUCAAGAAGACUGUUCUGGACAAGGUGAAGCUGGACUCCCCUGCAGGGGCCUCUCUGUCCUCUGGCCCUGCCAAGCCACUGGCCCGCAACCUGGCCUCGGCAGGCAAGGAAUGAUGCACCCUGCCUCCACCUGCUCUCCCUCCCUCCCUCCCCUCCUCCUCUUGUUAUUUUGCCCACCCUGGGCCUGGAGUCCUUGGAUUCAAUAGAUCCUCCCACCUGAGCCUCCAAGUGCUCAGACUGCACGUGCAUACUACCGUGCCCAGCCUUUCUCUCCACUUCUUGCUCUCCUGGCUCCAGGCUCUUGUCCUGGGGGGUCUCCAACCCUUCAAUGGGCAUCUGCCCACAGUCUGGGUCAGCCAGGGUUGUGGCCAGGGAGGGGCAUAUCCCCUUUCACUGGGAGCCUCCAUGAUUCCCAGGCUUCAGCCCAUAACAGGGAUGGGCUCUUUGACCUCCUCACACCCCGAGCUUUUUAUAUAGCUGUAGCCUGAGGUCUUCACCCCCCUCAACCCCAGUGUCAGCUGGUGUGGGCUUGCCCGUUCUUUUUGCAAAGGUCAGUGGUAGAGCACCUGGCAUGGCAAGGCCCUGGUUCCGUUCCUAGCACCCAACACAGAAAGACCCAAGGGCCCUUUUCCACUCCCCACUCACCCUCCCUCCUGUGUGCUGGCAGAGGAUCACGGGCGUCUUGAGCUUGGUGCCAGGGACCCAAGUUGCCUUGGCCAGCUGCCCAGCUUCCUCAAUCCUGUCGAGUAUUUGGGAAGAGGACUCCUUGGGUAGCUGCUGAACUUCCAGUGACCACCAGCACACUCAGGCCAUCACACUCCUGAUCUGCCUGGUGGGGUGCGUCACUUCCCUCCCGACCUUUAGGUUGAAUAAACUGUUUUCUGAAAGCUC